AUGAAGAGUCUCACAAUUUUUGUUGCUAUAGUACUAUUUUCAAGCUGUGUCACAUCUCAAUUCCUUGACACAACAGAUGAUGAAGAGAUCCAAUGGUCGGGUUACUCUAAGGCCCCCUCUAAGGCGCCUACCCACAAACACAAUCCACAUGAGAAAAUUAAGAAGUGCUUUUUCAGUUACAAGAUGGUAACAAAAUGUUUGAGUAAGGCGUUAACCAAAAGACCAAACAUUGAUUUUGAGUCUGACUGCUGCGCCACGAUCGAGAAGUUGAAUGAAAACUGUAAGCAUACAGAAUUGGGAUCAUUCAGUAACAACUAUGUUCACAAACAUUGCUCUAGGAACAAUGCUCCUACUCCGGCUUAG